GAGAGAGAGAGAGAUUUUGUGUAUAGCAUUCAUAGGUCAGCACCUAGCCGACAAACUAAAGGGAUGAGUUAGUGGUGGAUCACUUCUUUCUUUUUCAAAAGUUUUUUGAGUUGAUGAAACCACAGCCAGAAUAGAAUGAUGUUAACACAAACCAAACUCAACCAACCUGAAGUUUCAAAUUAAGUGUGCAGAGUAGAUGAUGGAAGCAACCGUAUAUUCCUUGAAUGAAUAAUCCAUCAAAAUAAAAACAGUGAAACAAUGUGGAGUAACAUGACUAUAUUUGAAUAACUUGGCAAAGUCAUUUCCGGUGGGACUCACUGGUUUUGCCAUUGUUUAAAUCCACGGUGGGGUAGGAGGCUGUCGGUCCAAACACCUAUUUUUCCCAAACAUAAUUAUAGAUCCACGAAGCAUUCAUUUUAUUUCCCAUCCUAAUCAAAGCCAAACAUUGCAGUUUUGACAAGCUUGCCCUUCACUUUGUUGGUCUGCUGGGUCGUAUUUUAGCAUAAAGAAGUGGAGUUUUGGUCAAUUCUCAAAUUUGGUCUGCCGGAAUUCAUGUCCAUUUAUGUAACUUUACUGCCCGGAGAAUUCAAAGGCUGUGGGCUGAUAGUAGCAUAUUAUUAUUCCUCUUUUUUGAAUGCAAUCAACAUAGGUUUUGACUCUUAAAACAUAUGAAUCAUACAUGAAACGAUGGAUUGUGUUUUGGGCUUUCAAUAAAAGUAAAAAAGAAGAUAAGAGAACAAUCACUAUCACAGUAUCAGGAAAUAUAUGGGAGAAUCCUACAUGUCCUGUCCUUUUGUUGGCUUUCUUUUGGAAGAGAAUAGCAAAGAUGGUAAAUUUGGAGCAAUGUUACACCCCAUCUGUUUCUCUUUAAACUACAUUCAUGCCCAAGAUAAAGACGUCACCAGCCGACUUAAAUUCUGCCCCAUAUGAGAUUUUUAGAAGAACUUCGUUGCUGAAAUUCUAAUUCAACCAAUUUAAGUUAGAAAUAAAUAAAUAUAUAUUAAAUAGAAUACUUCCUUUUUUUUUUUUUUUUCUGUUCCUUUAUUCUCUUUGUCAGUGUGUGGAAGAUUGAAGAAUAGUAUAAUUCAAGUGGUGUAAAAAGCCCCCCUCCGAAGUCCCAACCUCUCUGUACACUGUACCUCUUGGCACUUUUAGGCCACUACAAAUUCACACCCCACCUCUCGCUUAUCCCUCAUAUGCAACGUCCUUUUCCCCUCCCUUUCUUUCCUCAAAAACCUCUAACUCUGUUUUCCUCUGCCUCCUUACACUUCUAGUUUUCAUAUUUUUGUCAUCUGCUUUUCAUUUCUCUAAACAGUAAACUAUAUUUCUAUCAUUCCGGCUCGCCGGUUUUAUCUUUAUGGCAACGAUUGUUUGCCGCCAAGGCCCGCAGUCAUGUCUCGAGUCACAGCUGGUUGAGCCUAGAGCACUAAGGCUAACGUUGUCGUCAGCAAGACCUCACUUCUGCCAACCGUUCGAGUUAGCCAUUAAAUCAUGUUUCUUUGAUUCGAACACCAAAGAAAUCGAGGAGAAAUGCUGUUAUGAAGAGAUUAGCAACAAAACCGUAUCUCUUCAUGACAAGCAUACAUCCUCAGAUCCUGACAUGGGUGGCUGGAGCUUCCUCCAACUUCUCUCCAAUGGUCCCCAAUCCUCGAAAGAGAUGGUAGAAAAAGAAAACACUUAUGUUCAUCCUCUAGUCAAGCGUUCUUGGUCCACACUAAGUGAGAAGAGCUUGGAACUGUGCACCGAGAAUUUAGGUAAUGAGACAGGCAGUGACAUCCUUGAAGACAGCAUUUUCAAGUUGUCUGCAUCAGAUUGUGAAGGUGGAAAUUCUCCAACAAGGAAGCAACAUAAAUUGCGUCAACUAUUGGGAGCUAAGAAAGCAAUAUCUCUCAAUUUUCCACCUCCUCUGACAACGAUAAGUGGAUCGGAAUGUCUUCAAGUUAGGCCCCACCGAGAAGACGGAAGGCUGGUAAUCAAAGCUGUCAAGGCCCCAUCAACACGCACUCUCUUUCAAGCUGAGCGAAGCAAUGGCCGCCUUAGACUGUGCCUUUUGAAAUAUUCUACUCCAAGUUUUGACUAUGAAGAAGAAACAGCCGACGAAGAAAGCGAAGGAAACAAUGAAGACAAUAAAGAAGAAGAGUUUGAAAAUGAUAGCAACUAUGAAGCCGAAGAGGAAGAACAGGGUGCUUACUUGGAGGAGGGAAUAGAUGGAAAAAGGGCUGAUGAUAUUGGGGCUGCAAUGGGAAUGAAAAGGUUCCAAAGGCCUGGCAGAGGCAGGUGCAAAGAAGGUGAAAAUGAAAACAAAGGAUUGUUAAAUUGGGAGCCUUUUUGGGUGGCUACAUCAUAAAGUUUUAUUUUGGAUCUCUGUCUCUUUAAUCAAAUUCCCUUUUUGUCUCCCUCUUUUGUUUUUCUAUCGAAUUCCUGUGUUCCAACUUUCGAGUAAUGUUGCUUGUGCUAGGUAGUUGUUAUCGUUAUUUUAAGAUGCACUCUCUCAUAUAAAACGCACUUCACUAGUUUUACUUUGUAUAAAUGGGUAGGGGAAGACAAAGACAUCCAUGUAAAUAUCAAAUUCUUCGAAUUAUUACACCGUAAAGAGAAACAUGUUGAUCAAUCAUUUAGA